AUGGUUGAUUUUCAUAAUUCCGUCGUCUUCCAAGCUCUUCACUCCGAGGAUAAUUACCUUCGGAUUCAAGAGGACAGGUUGAGCGGAACGGGCUCUUCCUUGGAUAUCUCCACAAAGGAAAACUUGGAGAAGCUUGUUAGUAUUGGAGAGAAGUUGUUGAAGAAGCCGGUUUCGCGGGUGAAUUUGGAAACUGGUUUGUCAGAGCCAGUUAAAAACGGUGGCACAAAUGAGGAAGCUUUGAAAAGGUUUGCAAAAUUACUACCAGAUGAGAGGCGACUCCGCCAGUCAAAAGUGUCCAAACAUCAAGGAGGGGGUUGA